AUGAUUUUUUCGAUUCCUUCUUCGUCAUCAUCAUCUAUUCAAGUGCAAGUCUUAUUGCUACAAAAUUGUUCCUUCAUCCAAAAACUCGUUCAUGCUCAAAAGCCAACCUGUGUCGCUGCAUGCAUCAAUCCUAAAAUGAUGCCGAGUCUUUUCGUGUUGCAAACCACGCUUCAUCAUGUCGUAUUAGCAAAGAAUGACUCCAAAGAAGUUGAAACAGAUUCAACCACCUCCUCCUCCGAAAGCAUCGCUACUGGUAGCGGCAAUAUCAACAACAGUAAUGUCCAAACGAGUUCCGUAGGAGGAUGGAAGACUCAGAAUAUUCAUACGGAACUGUUGUACAAAUUAAAUCCCAAGCGAAACAUUGGUCAAGCCUUCAAAAAUUUUGGAGCAAACGAUCAUUCCUCAGAGAAGGCAGUGUUAUGCGUGGCCUGUAAAGAAAAUGAAAAUCCAAACCUUGAAGACUAUUUAAUUUCGAAUUUUAUCACCAAUGAAGACGACAAGAAGAACUUGAAAAUAAUUUCAGAUUCAAAGGAGAUCGAUGAAUAUUUGAAGAGUCAUGUAGAUUCACAAGCCAUUUGUAAAUUAUUUAAUUUCACAAAAGAGGAGCUGUCGAAUAAUUUAGAGGAUAACAUGAUCAUGUAUUUAGCUGUCAGGGAUUUUAAUUAA